UUUUUAUGGGAGAAAGACUAACAUUUCACAAAUUAUGCAAAAACCGUUCAAUAUUUUCUUUUAAUGUGACAGAUAUACUACUUAAAUAAAAUGUAAAAACCUUAGAAGUCUUAUAUAUAAAAAUAGUUUCAGUUAGUGUUAAAAUAUUAGGAGUUUAAAAUUUAAAGAUGCCGAAACUGGAGAAGAGAGUGCUCCGUCGAAGCCUGACAGUCGUUGGUGACUUGUUUUCCUCGACAGUAGACGCAAUCAAAAACGAAAGGGAUGUCAAGAUGGCUUUGUACAACAGCCUGGCAUUUUUAUUCGUUUUACUUUGUAUACUGUCUUUCUGCAGCGUUUACUUUAUUCUCCAACCUUUCCUGAAGUCGCUUCUGUGGGCUCUGCUCUGCGGCUCUGCCCUGCAUCCAUUCAAAGAGAGGCUUUCUGAGAAGCUACGCUCUGAAAUCGGCUUUCUUGAGUCAUCUGAGAGGCCUUUUUCCAUCAGUGUACUCCUUGUACCAUUUUACACUGUCGAUUGGAUUUCCAACAUUUUUGGAAAAAUUUUAAAACACAAUAUUUAUCUUAUUGUCAAAUGCUCACUGUUUGUUUUCCUCGCUGGAUUGUUUUAUUUUUACACACCUUCAGUGAUUUUUACCAUCUUUAAUUCUACAUGGGAGUGCAUUCAUCUCACAUUGCUCUUCAUACUCUCGGCAUUCAACAGUACAAUUAUUACUGGGUCAGUGGUGGUGAGUUUCUGUGUAGCGCUGUUCACCCUUUGGGGACAGGAAUAUGAUUUUAUACUGUCAGUCUUAUCUUUCAUAUCCUGGAUAUCGGGAACGGCUUGGCUUUCUAAUUUCUUCCCUUCCUUGCGCGUUUUCCUAUUCGUAUUUUUCAAUCUUGUCCUUGUCGUAAGCUUCCUGUACAGGUUAUAUGAAAGCUUUUUGGAAAAAACUUCAAAACCAGAUGAAAAAGAGUGUAAACUUUCAGAAACAAUAGAAGACGAGAAAUACAUACAAACCAGCUCUCUCUACAUUAAACAUCUAACUGCGGCUUGUGCAUUUCUCUUUGCUGUUAGUAUUCCAUCUGUCUUUUAUUUUGUCAUGGCCUUUGUAGUAAUCAACGGUGUCAAAAUCCUAUGGUUUAAAAUCAGCGAUUCGUACAAUAUCGAACGUUACAUACAAAAUGUGAAAUGCAAGUUUCAUCAGUUGUUCAUUCAGAGAGAGAAUGUAUUAUUCCCACCGACCUUGAAGAUAUUAUUGAAAGGUUGGAGAAAAGUCAAAUUUAAGCUGCUAACCUGUGUAAAGGAUUAUUGUAGUUGUGCUGCGACAACAAUCGUUAUCUUGUUGCUGUUGGCCAGUGUGUUGUUCUUCAUUGUUUUUUUAGCUAUUCAGGUGUACAAAGAAGGGAUUUUUCUUGUUCAAGCUAGUGGCAACAUCAUAAAUUCAACGAUUCUCCAUAAUCCUCAACUGAAUGAGAUAAUUCCAGAUGACUGGAGGGUAAAAAUAGACGAUUUGUUGAAUGAUGCUUAUAUCUACAUAAGAGAAGGGAUUGCAACAAUGCUCCAAUCCUUCAUGAAAAAGAAGGGGAUCGAUCCAUUAAGGAGUAAGCAACUUGAAUACGAAGCACUUCAGCUUUGGGAUCGUGCCUACCAAGCUUGGGUGCCGCCUUUUCAAACCACAACUGGCCCGAUUACAGUCAUGGUGACUCCGGAUGCUGUCUCUCUAGCCUAUCAUCAGUUUUUUGAACAACUGAAAAAGACGCCAGAGAUUUUCACUUGGGACUUAAGCCUGAUCAAAGAUAAUAUGUCCACGCUGAAGACUGGCCUUGAUUCAAUCCUGCCAAUAGUCUGGGGCAAUAUGUCUCUCUUUACCAACAUCGCUUUGACAAUGUUUUUACUUAUUUUUGGAGGAGGGAUUUCAAUACUGAACUUUUUUUUAAAUUGGGUUGUUUUUUUGACUGCAUUGUUCUACUUGCUGAAUUCCAGUCAAGAGGUAUACAAACCUGUGGAGAUCAUUACACAAAUGUUCCCAAAACAUGGAAAAAGACUCGCUCUGGCUGUGGAACUCUCAUGCCAAGAAGUGUUGACGGCGUCGUUUAAACUGUCCACGUUCUACGGUCUUUGGACCUGGCUUGUACACACAGUUUUCAUGAGCCAUUUGGCAUACACCCCUGCCAUCUUUGCUGCAGUGCUUGGUAUGGUGCCAGUGUUGGGUACUUACUGGGUUUGUCUGCCUGCCGUUUUAGACAUUUGGCUGAUACAAGAAAGUGAGCUGAGAGCAGUGGGUCUAUUUAUCGUUCAGAUAAUCCCAACUACUGUCGUUGAGAUGACUGUUUAUAAUGAAAUCAAAGGGGGUGGGCACCCAUAUUUGACUGGUUUAAGUGUAGCUGGUGGCAUUUUCUGGCUUGGCGUGGAAGGAGUGAUAGUAGGACCUGUCGUUCUAUGCAUUGUAUUCACUUUUUUAAAGAUGCUUACUAAUGGGACUAACCCAAACUUAUGACACAUAUAUUCACCAAAGAAAUUUUUAUAUUAAUUAUUAUUGAAAAUAUUUUUUAUUUGCUUUAUGAAAAAACUUGAAAGUAUUAAAACGAAAAAAUUUUCAUGGCUGUGACAAUAUAUUUUCUACUUCCUAUUUAAACAUGUAUAACAUUGUGUAUAUAUUGUAUUUAAGAUUACAAUUUUUUAAUUUAUAUUUUUAA